UUAAGCCAGCCCUUGGCUAGGAACUGAGAUGGAGAUGAAGACCUAAUCAACUAUAAAUUGAGGGAGGAGUCGUACACACACAUAUAUAUAUAUAUAUAUAUAUGCUGAUGAUAGAAUAUAAUGGAGGAAAUGUACGGAGUGAGGUGGUGUUUUAGCAGUGACGACGAUUAUUAUUAUGGUGCAGUAAGUAGUAGUUGUUGUGCAGAGAUGGCGGGAUUUCUCUCCGCCGGAUCAUCGGAGUAUGUUGCAGAAUUGGGGGGCCGGGGUUCAUCUCCGCCGCCUGAGGUGGGAGGCCGCAGGUGGUGCAGCAGUAAUACUACGAAUUUGGGAGUAGUAGUAGUCCAUCAAGAGGAAGCUCAUCAUCAACAACCACUACCACUGACGACGGUGACAUCAGCUGCGGCUACUACUACUACCGCCACUGCGACUAAUAAUAGUAAUAGCAGCUUAAAACACAAAAUCUCUUCUCACCCUCUUUACCCUAAGCUCCUCCAAGCUUACAUCGAUUUCUACAAGGUUGGAGCCCCAGCUGAAGCUGAAGAGAUGGAUGGUAUUCUCAAUGAAAAUGAUGAUACUAGGGGAACAACAAGUUUCUCCUCCGAUCCCGAGCUGGAUGAGUUCAUGGAAACUUAUUGUGACGUAUUACUGAAAUACAAGUCUUGUGUUGAAAGGCCAUUCGUUGAAGCAAAUGAGUUCAUCAGCAAUAUGCAAACUCAACUCCACAACCUUUGCAGCGCUACAACCCACAACAUCAUCUCAGGCGUGGCUGAUAAGAUGACAAUAUCAUCAUCAGCAGCAGCAGCAGCAAGUAGUAUUGGGGAUCACGAAAUUAAGGAGAGACUAAUGCGGGAAUAUGGAGAAUAUAUGAGUUCCCUAAAGCAAGAAUUUUCGCAGAGGAAGAAGAAUGGAAAGCUCUCUCAGCAUGCAAGACAGGCAUUGCUGGAUUGGUGGUCUGCUCAUUACAAUUGGCCUUACCCAACGGAAGCAGAGAAGGUUGUUUUGGCAGCAUCAACAGGAUUGGAUAGAAAACAAAUUAACAACUGGUUCAUCAACCAAAGGAAACGCCACUGGAAGCCUUCAAAAAAUAUGCACUUUAACUUGCUCUUCUAGCUACUACACCCGACCUUCUAAAUGAAAACGUAUUUUUAUCACAUGAUGAUAUGUUGUUAUCCAAAAAUAAGAAACAAGUUAAGAGGAUUGUAAUAAACUUUGUAUGAAAAAUGAUUUAAUUUGUUAAGAAUAGGAUGCUAAUAAACUCAAUUAUAUAUUUAUAUCACAAUGAAGUGUUACACACUGCAUGCUAA